GAGAAUGCGGCAGAAGGAGGCAGCAGACUGUCAGUGGCUGAAUCUGGGAGAAAGGGAUACGGGCGGAUUCUUCUCUCUUUUUUUCUGGCUUUUCCCACCUUUGCAUUUUUAGUUUAAUCUUUUUUAUCACUCUGCAACCCUUUGCUCUUAAUCUUUCUGUCCUUUUAUCCUCCCUGCAGCAAGUUCUGUCUUUCCCUGCAGUCUUUAUUCCUCUGCCCUACAUCCAGACUUGCUACUAUCUCAAUCUGUCCUCCUCUUUCUCACCCAUGGCUACCUGACAGUGAGCUUCUCCUUCCGCUGUCUCUCUUCCUCUCCUUGUUUCUUUGUCCCACCAUCCUUCUUUCUCUCCCCUUCCUCACUUUCUCUCCCCUCUUUACCUUGAUCUCUCCUUUCCUUGCACUUGUCCGUCAUCCAUCUAUCUUUUUGUGGUGUGAGGAUGCCAGUAUUAGAGGGGCUCUGGGGCCCAGAUCUUAGGAUGCGGGACUCUGGUCUUGGUGUCGGGGUUGACGUUGGCGUCUGUCCAGAUGAGGCUUCCCGCUCACCAGUGUGGGGUCCUCUCAGGACUCCUCCAGUUACUUGUGGGGGCCUGUCGCUGGCCCUGGAACUUCCGGCUCUCAUACGGCAGCUCAGGGCAGCCUGGAGGGCGCGCAGGGGAGGCCCUCGGGGGUCUGAGAGAAGUGAGGCGAGCACUUGGGUGGAAGCAGAGAAGGAGGAUGUAGAGGAGGGGAAGCAGGACAUAGAGGACAGGAGCAUACAUCUGGAAGCUGAUGGCAGACUGAGCACUGGUCAUGCUGGUGUGUUGCUGGCUGAGAGACGAGGCUCCUACCCGCUGAUUGACCUGCACAUCCUGAAAACCAGUGCCCAGCAGGGGGAGGUAGAGUCCGGCAACAGGAGAAAGGUGAAGCGUCUGCUGAGCUUCCAGAGAUACUGUCACGCCUCCAGGCUGCUCAGGGGUUUAGUGCCCCACACCCCCGGGUCCCUACACCUGCUGGACGACGACUAUCUAGGACAGGCUGGGCAUAUGCUAUCAAAAGUAGGCACAUGGAACUUUGACAUUUUCCUCUUUGAUCGUCUUACAAAUGGUAACAGCCUAGUGACCCUUAUGUGCCAUCUCUUCAAUGUCUACGGUCUCAUUCAUCACUUCCAGCUGGACAUGGUCAAACUGCACAGGUUUCUGGGCAUGGUGCAGGAGGACUACCACUCCCAGAAUCCCUAUCACAAUGCUGUUCAUGCAGCGGAUGUCACUCAAGCCAUGUACUGCUAUCUGAAGGAGCCCAAGCUGGCAGAGCAGCUGAGCCCACUGGAUGUGUUCCUGGGUCUGAUGGCAGCAGCCGCCCACGAUGUGGACCAUCCUGGAGUCAACCAGCCAUUCCUCAUCAAGACCAGACACCACCUGGCAUCCCUCUACCAGAACACAUCUGUACUGGAGAGUCACCACUGGAGGUCCACUGUGGGCAUGCUGCGAGAGUCAGGACUUCUGUCCCACCUGCCUGCUGACAUGUGGCAGGACAUGGAGCAGCAGCUGGGCUCUCUCAUCCUGGCUACGGACAUCAGCCGGCAGAACGAGUUCCUGUUGACCUUCAGAGAACAUCUGGACAACCAGGACCUGGACCUUCAACUGGCUUCACACAGGCAUUUUAUGCUGCAGAUCGCUCUGAAGUGUGCUGACGUCUGUAAUCCGUGUCGGGUUUGGGGGCUGAGCAGACAGUGGAGUGAGAGGGUAUGUGAGGAAUUCUACAGACAGGGUGACCUGGAGAGAAAGUUUGACUUGGAGAUCAGUCCUCUGUGUAACCAGCAGGCGGACUCUGUCCCAGCCAUCCAGAUAGGUUUUAUCUCCUACAUUGUGCAGCCUCUGUUUUUGGAGUGGUACCGCUUCACCGAGACCAGCCUGCUCAGCCAGACCAUGAUGGGUCACCUGCACAAGAACAAGGCCCGCUGGAGCCGCCUUCGCUACGCACACACACAUUUAGACACGCAAACACACCCCCACAUUGAUGAGCCCGAGCCUGAAGGAGGAGGUGGAGAGGGAGAAAGCAUCCCUUAAUCUUCUUCUUGUUUCUUGGGGUGUUUCAUCUUCCUUUGUAAAUGGAGGAGGAGUGUUUAUGAGGCUCCUUGUUUGUCCUCCAGUGUAUUUCCUCCCACUCGUGGGUGUACACGGGCUCUGAAAGUGGGAGCGCAGGAUGGGAGUCUGGCCUGGGUUAGUGAGAAAUGGCUCCCUCAGCACUGCAGGAAAAAAAAAGAAGAUGGAGACAGAUCCAUGGUAGAGCAGAUGGAUUGAUAAUCUUAGUAAAUAAAUGCCAAUUCGACAAAGUCAUGCCUUGCUCUUUAACCCUGAUAUCUGCUUCAAAGUUACUGAGAUGCAGAUAUAGGACGGAAAGGUUAUGGCUGAUGGCAGAAGAGGGAUCAGCAAAGACGAAUAUUAAUGUGUCUGCACAAUGCUGCUAGAAGAAUAAAGAAAAGCCAAAAUUAUAUACAAAUUUAAUAAGUCAGCUGGACUGUGCUGAAAAAGAUGCUAUAAAAUAUAUGAAAGAUUAUUAAAGGAAUAUAUUAAUAUAUCAACUAUACUAUGCUUUUUAAAGUUUUAGACAAUACAUAUUAAGCUCUUUUCACUUUUUCUCUUUUUUUGUACAGCUUGCACUUCUAUUGGAUGCUCUUUCAUACAAGUGUCUCGCUUGUCUACUUUUCACUGAAGUGCGUUUUAACUCGAGCACUAAGUUGGUAUUUCAAGGUAUUGUAAACUGUAACACGUAUUCUGUUUUAACUGUGUAACCUGUAAGACUGACCCAUACAAUUAAUGACUGACACAAAGUGGCUUCAGCUGCUGUUGCCGAGUUGCUUGAACUCUGAUAUCAACCCUCUGCUGGAUGUUUUUGACUUGACCCGACUCACCAAUGUGGAGAACACAAACAAGAGCCUUUUUUUUUUUUUCAUGUAAUGUUCUAAACAGUAUAAUCUUUUCAUACUGUGAUGUACGACCUCAGCACUUCACAUGCCAAAACACACCACAAGCAAUGUUAUCAACCGUUUUACUGCAUGUGGAUAUUGGGAAACAUAACUCUCCUUACACUGGUGUUACCUUUGUAACAACUUAAUGGGUGCAUUUAUUUAUCUGAUAACCUCACUUUACAAGCUCAUACACAACAAAGCCUUAACAGCAACUUGGUCUGUCUACGAAACACAUUUUGUAAUGGUGUUUUACCAUUUUCUGGACAAGCUUUCUUACAUGAUCAAACUGUUGUUGCCUGUUUUUCUUCAGUCAUACCAGCAUACUUAAACACACACACACACACACACACACACACACACACACACACACACCACACACACACACACACACACACACAGAUACACACACAGUACUGUAGCCGCUUGUUUCCUAUUUGAUCUCCCAACCAGUGUCAGGGUCAGAUUGGGUCGUACACUCAGUGAGCAUUGCCAAAGUGCCAAUGUACUGUUCUGAUGCAUUGACUCCCUGCUCUGUUACCUCUCUAAGGCUUUUAUAUUACUUUGUUUUUACACUUGCUGCAGGCACUGUGUGCACUGUAUCUUCUGAACAGACUUGGGCCAAUUAGUAGCUACAGAUAUUUACAAUUGUAAUAACUAAUUUAUUAUAUCCUGCAGUAAAUAUCAAAUCAAUUGAGAUGGUUGUUACAGAAAAGUAUAUAUUAUCGUUCUUUAUUAAAAAUGUGUACAAUUCUCAGUUGUCUAAAAAUGGAACUUAUAUAUAUAAUCUCAAUGGUGAAACUUAUCCGUAUGUAGCUGAUGUAACUUAAAACCAAGUAUUUGUAAAUACUAGUUGGUCCAAGUGUGAAAUGCCAAUAUUUUUUUUUUUUACCAGUCUGCUCUAAAUAUGUAUAGAUAAGGUUGUCAGUCUUUAGGUUCACGUCUAGUACACGGUGCUAGCAGAGGCCCCGGCUUCACGUCUUCCCUGAGCUAUUACAGAAGAAUAACCUGAGCUUUAUGAUUCUAACAACCCAGCCAACACACAGUGUAUUUUGCAUACAGUCUAUUCUGUAAGAUAAUCACACCUGAGAUACUGAGAAGUUAUAUUCAUGAAAAGUGUAAAACCAAUGAUGAAACAAAUCAUUUCUAUGGGUUUUUUUUUUUUUAAGAAAAGUUACACUAACUGUGAUAUAAGCCUUUUCUAUGAGGUGCAGUGCAAUAAAGUUAAGUCACAGGCCAAGUUGUAUGAAAGUGGCCAUAUUCAUAUCUAUCUGUAGCUCUGGUUAUUUGUAGGUUAUUCCUGUCCUCACUAUAGCACUGUAUUAGCUUUGCUUAAACUCCAACUAUAUUUAUGCCCCAUACUUAUCACAGUUUUUUUAUGCCUCUACUGUAACAGGGAGUCAUGGACCAUCUCUAAAAAGCCUGACACUGUUGACUGAUUUGAUUUACUCUAAGGUACACUCUUGCCUGUUCGAUCACCAGUAGCUACAGACAAAGCUCACUGACUCAUUCAAUCUUGUUUUGAGGUUUUUUUUUUCUUAUUUAGACCUUCCUCCCAGUACAGCUGUCUGUGUCAAGAGCAAAUAGUUUUUAAACUAGAAACAGAACAUUGUGAGACAUCACUUCAUGCUACCUAAAACCUACCGCAGCAUUUUAUUCUUCGUUACUGACGAUGUUACUGCCACAGUGUUGAUCUUGUCAAGAUAGCAGGCCUCAGGCUGCCUUGUAUUUGAAUACCUCUCAGAAUCAGCACUGAUACAGGGUCACUGAGCCAUACUGGUUUCACUACCAAGUACGAAUAUGUACUGUAGUUUUUAUACCAGAAUAGUAGUUAUAGCAGAUUCACUAUAGGUAUCAUCUUAUUAAAAAGAAGUUAGUUUCAUAAAAUCAGUGAACUGACUGUGAUGGUCAGAAGAGAUUCAACCAGGAUCAGCUGGUAUUAUAUAUAGAGUACAGUAGUUUCCAUUAUAAGAUUGGACACAGAAUUUAACAGAAAAGUUAUUUACAUUUUUAUGCUUAUGCACUGACGUGGGGGUAUGUUUCCCUUUUUUCAGCCCCUUAAAAGGAUCAUCCAUGGUCAAAAAUAACCACUUUGUUCAAUAAACUAAUCAUGUGGUGCAGUUCCACCUCAGAUUUAACUGUGUUUUAAAAAUUAAAUUUCUAUCUUCACAUAAAGUGUAAUCAGUCGCCUGAUGAUUUGAAAGAUUGUCAUCCCGGUGCCCAAUACUACAAUCAUUUUUUGUUGUCGUUUUUCCCUUGUAUUUCCCUUGUGUUUUACUGUGAUCGACCUGCCGCAAAGCUAAAGCAAGAAACACUGAGCCUGAUGGACCAGUUGUCACAGAACUGCAGAUGUUCAAAUGUCUAUUUUCUCUGAAUGGGUUUAAGACUUCUUAUCCAUGUUGACUUUAAGGCUGAAGUUCAGAGUUCAUUCUUGACCUUGAAAUCAGCAGUUGAGAAAACAAUCUUUACAUAAUGUCUAUUUAGUUGCUAACUACACGCUAGCUACCUGAAGGCCUUAACGUCUUCGGAGAAAAAGUAAUCACCAGCUUGGUAAUUGUAAUAGAAUUUUUGAAUGGCCCCUUUGAAAAUUAGCCCAUUGUAUACAAAACUGAUCAUCUGACGUCUUGACUGUAUAUUUCUGUUCUGACAGCCAACCUCUGAGCACUGUGAACAAUGAAAAGUAAAUGUUUUUCAAUUAACAUCAGACAAUAUUA